AUGGGCCAGAGCAAGGCGGAGUUCUUGGAGAAGUUCGGUGGAGACUACGGUUACCCGGACGCGCCCAGGGGCAUCGACGAGCUGCGGGCCGCCGAGUUCAAGCGGCUGGAAGGGAUGGUUUACCUGGACCAUGCUGGUGCGACACUGUACUCAGAGGCACAGAUGGCAGAUGUUGCUAGAGAUCUUAUGUCUAAUGUCUACGGGAAUCCUCAUAGUCAGAAUGAUUCAAGCAUGGCUUCAAGCGACAUUGUUACUUCUGUGCGGCAUCAGGUCCUAAAAUACUUCAAUGCAUCUCCAAGGGACUACAAAUGUAUAUUUACAUCAGGGGCAACAGCAGCUCUGAAACUUGUUGGUGAAUGUUUUCCAUGGAGUAGAGACAGUUGCUAUAUGUACACAAUGGAAAAUCAUAAUAGUGUGCUUGGGAUAAGAGAAUAUGCGCUGAGCAAAGGAGCUACUGUAUCAGCAGUUGAUGUUGAAGAGGUUGUUGAUCCAUCAAAGAAUCAUGAGAGUGAUAGGUUGUUUAAGGUUUCAAAACACUCAAACCAAAGAAGAGGUGACGAUUUGCUUUUGCACAAUUAUCAGAAUGGGAGGCUGACAGCUAUUUCAGGAAACAAUUUAAAUCUAUUUGCAUUCCCUUCAGAGUGCAAUUUCUCAGGACAUAAGUUCAACCUCAGCCUGGUCAAGCUCAUCAAGGAAGGAAAAUUUAUGGAUUUCUCAUCACAACAGCGGGGCCAGUGGAUGGUUCUGAUAGAUGCUGCAAAAGGAUGUACAACUGAACCACCAAACUUAACCCUGUAUCCUGCUGACUUUGUUGUCUGUUCAUUUUACAAGAUAUUCGGCUAUCCAACUGGUCUUGGUGCCUUAAUUGUAAAAAAUGAGGCUGCUAAUUUACUGAACAAGACAUACUUCAGUGGAGGAACGGUAGCUGCUUCAAUUGCUGACAUCGACUUUGUUCAGAAAAGAAAAGGCAUCGAGCAAGUUCUUGAGGAUGGAACAAUCUCAUUCUUGAGCAUAUCUUCUCUUCGAUAUGGCUUUAAGAUAAUUGACAUGCUAACUAUCUCGGCUAUUGCACGGCAUACUGCGUCUCUUGCUACUUAUGUGAGAAAUAAAAUGCUGGAAUUGAAGCAUAGCAAUGAGAAAAAUGUUUGCAUAAUCUAUGGACAAGCUUCUAAGGAGAAUUAUCUGAAAAUGGGUCCUACAAUCACAUUCAAUUUGAAAAGAGAAGAUGGCACCUGGUUUGGAUAUCGUGAGGUGGAGAAGCUUGCCUCAUUGUCAGGAAUUCAUUUGCGUACGGGCUGCUUCUGUAACCCUGGUGCAUGUGCUAAGUAUGUUGGUUUGUCGCACUCAGAUCUAGUUUCCAAUUUUGAGGCUGGGCAUGUUUGUUGGGAUGAUAAUGACGUAAUAAAUGGAAAACCAACUGGUGCUGUGAGGAUAUCAUUUGGCUAUAUGUCCACAUAUGAAGAUGCAGAGGAAUUUCUGAAGUUCCUGCAGUCAUCUUUUGUGUCCAAACCUGUAGGAUUGAAAAAUGGCUACAUGGUGAAUAUGGAUACUCUUAAUUUAGUAGAUGAUUGGUGCCAGCAAGCUAUUUCAGAUAUUCGCUUAAAAUCCAUAACUAUCUAUCCUGUGAAAUCUUGCCAAGGAUUUAGUGUGCAGAGCUGGCCACUGACAACUGGUGGUUUAAAAUACGAUAGAGAAUGGCUUCUCCAAGGAUCAGGUGGUGAAGUUUUGACGCAAAAGAAGGUUCCCGAAUUGAGCUCUAUCUGCACAUUGAUUGACUUGGAGCUUGGGAAACUCUUCUUAGAGUCGCCAAAAUGCAAGGAUAAAUUGCAAAUCUCUCUUCUAGAGAAUCUGACUCAUCUGAGUGCAGAAGUAGAUGUUUAUGGUCAAAGGUAUGAGGUGCAAAGUUAUGGUGACAAGGUAAACUCCUGGUUCAGUGAAGCUAUUGGACGUCCUUGUACCUUUGUGAGAUGCUCAAGUUCCAAGUACCGUUCCUGCACAAUUAACGGCAGGAGAGAUCGCCUCUGUAGGGAUACUCAAAGCAAACUUAGUUUUGUGAAUGAAGGACAGCUGCUUCUUGUUUCUGAAGAUAGUAUAUCUGAUCUCAACAGCCGGUUAAGUUCAAGUAAUGGAAAUGGUAAGCAAGGGGUGUUGGUUGAUGCAAUGAGAUUUCGUCCAAAUAUUGUUGUCUAUGGGUCCACACCAUACAAUGAGGAUAACUGGAAAAGGCUUCACAUAGGGGAUGCCUAUUUCACUGUAAUCCAUGGGGGAUGCAACCGUUGUCAGAUGAUCAACCUAUAUCAGAGCUCAGGGCAGGUGAUCAAGUCAAAGGAACCGCUGGCAACUUUAGCAUCGUAUAGACGAAAACAGGGAAAGAUUUUGUUUGGCGUCCUGUUGAACUAUGAAGACGGCAUGGAGGGAGAAGAUGAUGCCAUUGUAGAGAGAUGGCUCAAAGUGGGGCAAGAGGUGUAUCCUUCUACAUAA